AUGGCUGCCAAUACUACGCAGAUCACGUCGUCGAUACUGGACCAACCCGUUGACUAUCGCGACCUGAAAGAAUGGAUCGAGGAGCAGGAGCGAAACCCGAAACCACUCACGCCGCAUCAGCAGCGGGCCAUCUCCGACCUCAGACGCUCUAUUGAGCCCGACAUUGGCGUCCGCGAUUGGGUCAGCCUAAUGAAUCGAUACACCCAAGCCCACGGCGGCACCCCCGCCUUCAUCGACGAGCCGGCUCCGGAUGAGCGAUGGACUUACCGCUGUAUCUUCAAGCCGACCGCCGACACCGAGCAAAUGUCCUUCCCCAACCCCGAAGCGGGCUUCACCCCCAACGAGCACGGCGUGCCGGCAGCCCCCAGCUUCGGCCGCAAGAAGGACGCCAAGCAGUACGCAGCCAAGUGCUGCGUCGAGUGGCUCAUGAAGGGCGGCUACAUGCCAUCAAACGGCACCGACGUCGAGUUCCCCAAGCCGCCCAAGACGUCCCGGCACGCCAGCAACACGCCGACGCCCGCCCCAGCCGCGAAGAAACCCCGGGGAGACAACAACAACAACAACAACCACCCCGAUGCCCCCCCCAACCGCCCCAAGAAACGAGCCGCCAACAGCGACAACGACGAUGAGGACGACGAGGACGACGACCCGCCGGCCACCAAGCGGGUCGCCACCCUCUGCCAGCUCCUCGGCCUCGCCAUCCCGCAGUACAAGAUCACGCCAGCCGUCCUCCUCCCCACCCCGCACCUCUCCGACACCGACCCCUCCUCCCCCUCCACCAUAGCCGCCGCCCCCCUCACGCCCUCGAACCCGCAAUUCUUCGACGGCUGCGCCGACUUUGGCGCCGACGCCAUCAAGGUGCCGGAGGGGCUGGGGCGGGUGAGCAGCGUGUAUGGGCGGCGCAACGCGCGCGAGAAGGUCGCCGAGGAGGUGCUGGCGUGGUUGGUGGCAGAGGAGGGGCGGCGGAUGGCCGAGGUCGAGGAGAUGAUGGCGCAGGUGGGGGAGUCACCUACCGAGGUAGGUAGUUAG